AUUGUUGUAUUUAUUAUGUCUACGGUCCCACCCAUUGCCUUUGCGGAAGGCAUUAACGCCCUAGACAUAGCCUACGGCAAGGAUAACGUGCUGAGACGUGCUGGGACGCAGCCAGAUUGUUAUACAUUGGUACCUAUGCAGGUUCUCAUUCUUUGUGGUUGUUUUCAACUUACAUUCAGGGAAAAACACAAGUUUCCUCAAUUUAGUAUCACAACAUCUUUGGAUGACAUCACUGUUGGAUACUAUAAUUCAACAACAUAUAUUCCAAGAGGGAACACGACGAAUGAGGAUGAUGUGAUUAAUUCAAAUUACAUAAAGGAUAUAAGUAACUACAUGUGUGACUCCUUUUUAAGAAGAUCAUAUCUGUUAGGGAAAGACAGACAAAAUGACAGUCUUGAUGUUUAUCAGACACUAGUUGUCUGUGAGCUGCUGGAUCUGAACAAUAGUGGAAAGAUGAUUAUCGAAGAUGCUGCAAGAGGCUCCACCACAGAUGAGCUCUGUUACUUUAACAACACAUUUACUUAUACUGUGACUGUAAAUAUUACACAAGAUAAGCUCAAACCUCACCUGAAAAAAUUUAAGCAGGCUUUUGCACAGACCUUUUACCCAGUUUGUAUAACAACUCUCAAGAAUUACCUCAAAAAGAGAGAAGAUCAAAUUAAUAAAAAAAUAACGCCCGAUAUCACACUCACCCAGAAAACAAACUCAGAUUCUGGAGGGUUUCGUGUGAGUUGUUUGGCGACAGGAUUUUACCCUCGUCACAUCAACCUGACCCUGUUCAGAGAUGGACAGCCUGUAUCUGAUCAUGAGAUCACUGGAGGAGAUCUGCUGCCCAAUGGUGACGGGACGUACCAGAUGAGGAAGAGUCUGGAGAUCAGUGCAGACGAACACAAAUACACCUGCUCUGCCACACACCUCAGUCUGGACAACAAACUGAUCAUUGAAUUAGAAGAUGAACCCUCCAGACUUCACAUAGGAGUUGCUGUCCUGAUGUUGGUUUGUGCAAUAUGUGUGAUUUUGGCAGUUUUUUGGAUGAGGAGGCAAGCAGGAAGACAAAGACUAAUAGAUCCUGACUUAAUGUUGUAAUGUUUUCCUUAAAGUUAAAAUAUGAUCUAUUUGAAUUUCUACAAAAUAACUUUAAAUGCAAUAUAUUGUGUGUUAGUCACUUGCACAUUUGUAGGGGUGUAAUGAUACACAAAUUUCUUGAUGCGAUACAUAAAAAGACACCACUUUUUUAACAAAUUCAACAAAAUGUAAUGGCAUUUGUAAUUGUUGUUGUUAGUUACACAAAAACCAAAAUGUCUAAUAUGUGUCAGGAGGAUCUUCUUGUUCUGGCUAAUUUGCUUUCUCUCAAAUUGUCUUUUUAUUUUAUUUUAUUGUACAAAAUUGAAGAUGUCAAUAGAAUCUGCACUACUGAACAAUAUGAUACAGUCAUAUUUUUUAUACCCCUAUAUCUUAUUUACAGAUUACAGAUUUCAACUGUAAAUGCAGUAGGCCUAGUUGUACAACUGUAAAAAUUGUUGUCAUGUGGGAUGAGUUCAGGUAAGCUGAGCCACAUUUUCACACAAGUAGCACAAUCUUUGUGGAGUCUAUUCUUUGUUUUUGUUUUGUUAAAAGUAUACUAUGCCUGUACUAUAGAUUUCUGGAGUUAACCACACUUAAAUUUUUCUCCAUUGCUAUGCAAUGUGAUAUAAUGCCAAUUAACCACUAAUUUGUAUAAAUAAUGUCGGUGCUAACCUUUUUUUUUAUUUAACAUGACUGAACAAACCUCAAGAUGCACAUGAGUGGUCUUUAUAUUAAAUAAAAUUUAUGCCAUUUUACAUAUUCAUCUUGUUUGCUUUGGAUUAGAAAUUUCAAUCUAUAUUUCAUGUUUGACUGUCAUAACAUUUUAUAUAACAGUAUUUAGUUUUUAUGUAAUUUUAUUUUCAAUAAUUAUUUUCCUGAAACAAAAUAUGUUAUGCAUAUAGUGACUUAUAGACACAGUAUACAAAAACAUAAAUUACAACAAUAUUGCCAGCAUUAGUACUGAUCUAAAUACUUUAUUUUAAUAAAUUUAAACCAUGUAUCCAUUAAUACUAUUCUGCAAUUCUGAAUAGGUUUGUUUGUUGUUUAGAUUUUCUGAACUUAUUUAUUCCUUCUUAUUUGGAAAUAUGGCAUUUAGUCAUAUACCUUCAUUGACGUUUGUCUAAAUGCUGCAGCUGUUGUCUUUGAUGUGUUCACUUUUUUAGCCAACACCUAUUGUAAAACAAUGAUGAUACAGCUGUCCAGAUUGUUUGCAAAUAAAACAUUUACAUUAAA